AUGAAGGCCAUCGUCAUCAAGAGAGUCAUCCUCUUCAAACGGAGCGUGGUGUCACAGCUGAUACUGUUGAUGCUGCCAUUGGGCUUCACGAUGAUGGGGAUCAAAUUCGACAUGCACAUGCAGGCGAACAAAGAAUCAAAGCCGAUGUUUUUCUCGCUCGACCGAUUUAAAGAUCUGGUCGUUCCAGUCUUCAGCCACCCCUCUAGUGACGCCAACAUAGUCAAGAUGUACAAGGAACAGUUCACGACUUCGCCCGGUGUCUCUUUCGUAGAGUCCAGCGCAACGUCAGCGGUGAGUUCAUUUCAAUUCAGCCAAGUCUUCUUGAUCCCUGUUGGUUCCAUGCCAGUAUCUGUCUCGAGAUAUAUCUCGUCAUGUUCUUACGGUAUCACCAUUCCCACACCCUCUUUCGAAUUCUUGCACCACUGGGAUUUUUGCUCGUCUUCUUCCUCGCCUUUGUAAAUGUGAUUUUCUAGAAAGACUCGAUGUUAAAGAUUAUAUUCAAAUAUUAACAAAGUUUAGAGGUGUUUUCCAAUGUUAUGUGUUUGCAAUAAACAUUUUUCUAGGUUGGAUUUUGCCAUUUCUUUUUGUCCUAUCGUUUGUUUUGGUACCCGAGUAUGACGUGCCGUUGACUGGUUUAGUCAAUUCAAUCUGUUUUAAGACUCGGCCCGUCAGAUCAACAAUGCAUAACACAGAGUUGAAAACCAGUAUACAAGAAAAAACGACGCCACAGUUAGAGAUACUAAAACUAUUCAAUUUAAUUAUACUAUUACAUUUAUAUGAAAAAUGGAAGAUCGCAGAGUGGGAAAUAAAAAUCAUGUUAACUUGAAACACGCACAGCAAGUGGAAAACUACAAUCCUCGAAAGAUACUAAUAUCUAAUUGAAACAUACAUAAAUAGAACAAUCGCGUAAGUAUGUUAAGUCUCAUAAAUGUCCGGGAAAAAUAUUUAAAAAGUUCUCUACUGUUAGGAAAGAUGUCUGCAUAUAUAUAUAUAUAUAUAUAUAUAUAUAUAUAUAUAAAUAAAUAUUUAUAUAUAUAUAUAUAUAUAUAUAUAUAUGCGUGUGUAUAUAUAUUAAAAAUACAUAAAUAGAACAAUCGCGUAAGUAUGUUAAAUCUCAUAAAUGUCCGGGAAAAAUAUAUAAAAAGUUCUCUACUGUUAGAAAAGAUGUCUAUAUAUAUAUAUAUAUAUAUAUAUAUAUAUAUAUAUAUAAAUAAAUAUUUAUAUAUAUAUAUAUAUACAUAUACAUAUGCGUGUGUGUAUAUGUAGUAAGCUAGAACUCUCAAGAAAAAAUAAAUUGCAUAAAAUGCGCUACCUGCAAGCAGUCUCCGGAGCAUUUAGAAUGUAUUCUAUUGUAAUCAAACUUUUCCAAAGCAAAGGAGGUGUGGGUAAAAUGGGGAUUGGCGCUACACAUGUAAUCGGUGACGUCAAUACCAAAACAAAAGAAGGGGAUGGGGAUUGGUGGACGCUUUAGCUUUCCGUUGAAGUAAAAAAAAUUAGCUUGAAACACGCGCUAUACUAUACCACCGAGUUUCAAAUGACACAUUCUUUUUUUUAAAUUUCUUUUCUCUGUUUUUUUGGGGAGAUUGAUCGGUGAAGGGUGGAGGGUUGGAUUGCUGAUACUUUACAAAAUCGGGCAUUUCAUAAAAAAAAAUUGUAGUUCUAGUUAAUACUGGUUGAUGUCAUAAGAGUUUUCUGUCUUUUUUGUUUUUGUUUGUUUUGACACAGGAUAAUGUAACUGACUUUUUACUGGCCUGGGGAAAAUCCAACGGCAAACAAGCGUACGAAGACAAAAUGAUUGUUGGCGCCGUGUUUGAGGAGCACAAGCUGAUUUUAUUACACCAGAAAACUGCUGUCCACUCUGUCGGGAUUUCUGUAAGUGCAAAUUGACCAUUGAUCCAAAAUGAUUUAAAUGAUAAGGCAAACUGGAAAAAGAUAAUCGGUUAAAAAAAAGAGAUGCAAACUUUCUUUUUCAUGUGGUAGUUCAUUUUGGGGGCUCCUUGUUAAGGAGAAAUGCGUCCUAGGGGCUCCUUGUUAAGGAGAAAUGCGUCAUGUGGUAGUUCAUUUUGGGGGCUCCUUGUUAAGGAGAAAUGCGUCAUGUGGUAGUUCAUUUUGGGGGCUCCUUGUUAAGGAUAAAUGCGUCUUAUUUUGGGAUGCUUUCAAAAUCGUAUUUACCUAAUUUAAUUAAUUUUUUGGGGGGUUUUUGUUCUAAAGAUUCAGCUACUGGCCAACGCCUUCGUGCAGGGCGUCCUUGGCGCCGACUAUUCCAUAACGUUGGGUGUUUAUCACGACCUACUCAAGGAGGACAAAAUCGCCCUUUCCAUACAGAUUGGCACCUUAUUCUGUCUAGGAUUUGCCAUGUCUCUCGUUCCCGUGAUCUUCAUCUACGGCCUCAUCGCAGAGCGUGCUGUAAGUGUAUCUGAUAGUUUGUGCUUACCAAUCCGCGGCUGUUUGGAGUUAUGCCCAAGGGGCAGCAAUGACUUGGUUUGAUAUAUCAUUGCUGCUGUAAGUGUGUCUAAUAGUUUGUGCUCUCCCAUCCACGGCUGUUUUGAGUUGUGGCCAGGGGAAUCAAGGACGUGGCUUGAGAUAUCAUUGUUGCUGUAAGUGUGUCUAAUAGUUUUUGCUCACCAAUCCACGGCUGUUUGGAAUUAUGCCCAAGGGGCAGCAAUGACGUUGUUUGAGAUAUCAUUGCUGUUGUAAGUGAGUCUGCUAGUUUGUGCUCACAAAUCCACGGCUGUUUGGAGUUCGGCCCAGGGGCAGCAAGGACGUGGUUUGAGAUAUCAUUGUUGGUGGAUCUUUAAACAUCGGGAAAAAAACGCCGAAUAUCUCAUCACAAAGUUGUUUAAGUAUCGUUCUUUUGGUAAGAUAAAGAGAUCAAACCAAACUGAAUGGUUAGAAUGUAACAAUAAGUUUUUACCGACAUCGGUAUGAAAGGGACAAAAAAAAACCUCCAUUUAAAUUUGUAUUCGAGUUCGUGGCAAGAAUAUAUUUUCUUGUUGCCCCAUUUUUCUUACAGCUAGGAGCUAAACACCUCCAGUCCUUAAGUGGGGUCAGUCCAAUGGCUUACUGGCUGGGCGUGUACUUUUUUGACCUGUUUCUCUUCACCAUCAUCAUCGCCACAAUCAUGUGUGGGUUUGGUGUCAAUCCUGACCUAUACUUGGCCAGGGGCCGAUGGAUGGUCACUUUACUCAUCCUGAUAUCCUUUGCCGUGGCGAUGUUCCCUUAUCUGUACGCCGUGCAAAUACUCUUCAACAACCCAGCCAGCGGGGUGUCCAUAAUCCUAACCUUCAAUAUUUUUAUAGGUAGGUUCAUUGUGAUGUGUAGUGAUUGCUCAUGUUGUUAGUGAUGUGUAGUGGUUUCUCAUGUUGUUACUGAUGUGCAGUGGUUUCUCAUGUUGUUAGUGAUGUGCAGUGGUUUCUUAUGUUGUUAGUGAUAUGUAGUGGUUUCUCAUGUUGUUAGUGAUGUGUAGUCGUUUCUCAUGUUGUUUGUGAUGUGUAGUGGUUUCUCAUGUUGUUAGUGAUGUGCAGUGGUUUCUCAUGUUGUUAGUGAUGUGUAGUCGUUUCUUAUGUUGUUUGUGAUGUGCAGUGGUUUCUCAUGUUGUUAGUGAUAUGCAGUGGUUUCUCAUGUUGUUAGUGAUGUGCAGUGGUUUCUCAUGUUGUUAGUGAUGUGCAGUGGUUUCUUAUGUUGUUAGUGAUGUGUAGUGGUUUCUCAUGUUGUUAGUGAUGUGUAGUCGUUUCUCAUGUUGUUUGUGAUGUGUAGUGGUUUCUCAUGUUGUUAGUGAUGUGCAGUGGUUUCUCAUGUUGUUAGUGAUGUGUAGUGGUUUCUCAUGUUGUUUGUGAUGUGCAGUGGUUUCUCAUGUUGUUAGUGAUAUGCAGUGGUUUCUCAUGUUGUUAGUGAUGUGCAGUGGUUUCUCAUGUUGUUAGUGAUGUGUAGUGGUUUCUCAUGUUGUUAGUGAUGUGUAGUGGUUUCUCAUGUUGUUAGUGAUGUGUAGUGGUUUCUCAUGUUGUUAGUGAUGUGUAGUGGUUUCUCAUGUUGUUACUGAUGUGUAGUGGUUUAUCAUGUUGUUAGUAAUGUGUAGUGGUUUCUCAUGUUGUUUGUGAUGUGUAGUGGUUUCUCAUGUUGUUACUGAUGUGUAGUGGUUUAUCAUGUUGUUAGUUAUGUGUAGUGGUUUCUCAUGUUGUUUAGGAUGUGUAGUUGUUUAUCAUGAUUUUUGUGAUAAAUAGAGGUAUCUCAUGUUGUUGUAAUGUGUAGUGGUUCAUCGGAACAUAAUUUUAAAUUUCUUAAACUGCAUUAAGCAGCUGAAGAUUUUUCAGAAGAGUAGAUCAGCAACUUUAUGGGACUGUGGGAUUAAAUCUAGCCGGAACUUAAAUGUUUUAUUUUUACAAAUUUAUUUUUUUGCAAAUUUCAUCUGCACAUACUUAUUUUUUUUUUUCGCAAUGCAUUCUAAGAAAUGUUAAUUUAUUUGCUACGUUUGAUUGAGUGGUACCCUGACUUCGAUAGAAAGUCAUUUUUAAAGUUUUAAAUUUUUUGGGGGUAUUUUUUUUUAUUAAAGACUUUCCUUUUACACGUGGAUAAUCCUGUAGAGCGUAUUUGUGUUGUUUAUAGGUGUAAAGUAGACAGUGAUAGAGUGAGCCGGGCAGUGGUUGACAGGAUGAAUGUAUGAGUGGGAGAGUAGGUGAAUAAGUGUGUGAUUGCAUGAGUGGGUAAAUGAGUGUUUGAGGGAGUUAAUGAGUGGGUGAAAGGUGGUAGUGAGUGAGUCAGAGGGUGGGUGAGGGAGUAGGUGAAUGGGAGAAUGGCUGAGUAGGAGAGUAGGUGAGUGGGGAGUGAGUGAGUGGGUGAGUGAGUGCGUAGGUGAGUGGGUGAGUGGGAGAGUGGCUGAGUGGGUGAGUGAGUGGGUAAGUGAGUGGAUGAGUGGGAGAGCGAGUGAGGGGGUAAGUCAGUGAGUGAGUGAUUGGUAGGUAUUUGGCUUGUAUAUAUGUGCAUGUCGACAAAAAAUAGGGUAUAGACCACAUUAGUGUAUGUCUCAUCUCCAGGUGUUAGUGCCGGUGUCCUGGUUGCAAGCCUGAGAAUGACGGUUAGAGAAGGUUUUGCCACAUACUUACAUCUGAUCCUCGCUUUCAUUUCGCCGAAUUACGUGUUAACAUCAGCGCUGGUGACAUUCGCCCUGAC